AUGGUUCUUAUGAUGGUUCUUAUUAUGGUUCUAAUGAUGGUUCUUAUGAUGGUUCUAAUGAUGGUUCUAAUGAUGGUUCCUAUGAUGGUUCCUAUGAUGGUUCUUAUGAUGGUUCUAAUGAUGGUUCUUAUGAUGGUUCUUGUGUUUCCUGAUGGUUCCUAUGAUGGUUGUUAUGAUGGUUCCUGUGAUGGUUCUAGUGAUGGUUCUAGUGAUGGUUCUUGUGAUGGUUCUAGUGAUGGUUAUUGUGAUGGUUCUUGUGAUGGUUCCUGUGAUGGUUCUUGUGAUGGUUCUAGUGAUGGUUCUAGUGAUGGUUCUUGUGAUGGUUCCUAUGAUGGUUCUUAUGAUGGUUCUUAUUAUGGUUCUAAUGGUGGUUCUUAUAAUGGUUCUAAUGAUGGUUCUUAUGAUGGUUCUAAUGAUGGUUCCUGUGAUGGUUCUUGUGAUGGUUCUUGUGAUGGUUCCUGUGAUGGUUCCAGUGACGGUUCCUGUGACGGUUCUAGUGACGGUUCUAGUGACGGUUCUUGUGACGGUUCUAAUGACGGUUCUUAUAAUGGUUCUAGUGAUGGUUCUUGUGAUGGUUCUAGUGAUGGUUCUUGUGAUGGUUCUUGUGAUGGUUCUACUGAUGGUUCUUGUGAUGGUUUUUGUGAUGGUUCUAGUGAUGGUUCUUGUGAUGGUUCUUGUGAUGGUUCUAGUGAUGGUUCUUAUGAUGGUUCUAGUGAUGGUUCUUGUGAUGGUUCUAGUGAUGGUUCUAGUGAUGGUUCUUGUGAUGGUUCUAGUGAUGGUUCUUGUGAUGGUUCUUGUGAUGGUUCUACUGAUGGUUCUUGUGAUGGUUCUUGUGAUGGUUCUUGUGAUGGUUUUUGUGAUGGUUCUUAUGAUGGUUCUAAUGAUGGUUCUUGUGUUUCCUGAUGGUUCUUAUAAUGGUUCUAAUGAUGGUUCUAGUGAUUGUUCUUGUGAUGGUUAUUGUGAUGGUUCUUGUGAUGGUUCUUAUGAUGGUUCUAAUGAUGGUUCUUAUGAUGGUUCUUGUGUUUCCUGGGUUCUUAUGAUGGUUCUUAUGAUGGUUCUUGUGUUUCCUGGGUUCUUAUGAUGGUUCUUAUGAUGGUUCUAAUGAUGGUUCUUGUGAUGGUUCUUGUGAUGGUUCUUAUAAUGGUUCUAAUGAUGGUUCUUGUGUUUCCUGGGUUCUUGUGAUGUUCUUGUGAUGGUUCUUGUGAUGGUUCUUAUGAUGGUUCUUAUGAUGGUUCUUGUGAUGGUUCUUGUGAUGGUUCUUAUGAUGGUUCUUAUGAUGGUUCUUAUGAUGGUUCUUGUGAUGGUUCUUAUGAUGGUUCUUGUGAUGGUUCUUAUGAUGGUUCUUAUGAUGGUUCUUGUGAUGGUCAGGUUAUAUAUGUCUGUUGGGUAUCGUGCACUAUGGGUUC